AUGGAUAUGAAGAAGAAAUGGCGCAGUAAAUCUGUCAAACCAGAUCAUACUUACGACCACCUUGAUACGGUGAACUCUGCCACCCAGCCAGGUGGCGCCUCUCAAUCUGUGUGGAAAGUGUGGUGGAAGAAAUUGAAGAGAGAGAAAAAGAGAUUGAUGGUUAGAUCUUCAUCAGUUCAUCAUCAAGUUCCUUACGAUGAAUAUACGUACAUGCAGAAUUUCGACCAUGGAUUGCAAUGGAACAGUGAGUCGGAGCCUGAGAUUCUUUCCAAAUCCUUCUCCGUUCGUUACACUAAUCGAAGAUCUGCUAGGGUUUAG